AUGACCGAUAUCAACGUACUCAACCCAUCCUUGUUAGAUGCCACGGCCAUCAAGCAGAUCGAUAUAAAGCAACAAGCCGCCAUCGAAGUGCAGCCGAUCUCCUCUUCUCCCACUCUUGCCCCCAGUUCGGAUUCAGAAGACGACAAGUUUGACGACAUGGCUGGCAAGAAGGUGUUUACACUUGAGAAGCCGGAUGACCGGGCAAAGGAAUUGGCCGCCAAAUUGACACUGGAAGAGCAAAUCUCCCUGCUGGCAGGUGCAGACUUUUGGCGAACAGUUGCUAUCCCAGAGAAGGGAAUUCCCUCAAUCAAGACUACAGAUGGACCCAACGGUGCUCGUGGAGAGUUCUUCACAAAUGGAACACCGGCCGCCCAGUUUCCUUGCGGUGUUUCUAUGGCCUCAACCUGGAACUUGGACUUGAUGGAGGAAAUUGGUCGACACCUUGGAGAUGAGACCAAGGCACGUGGAGCUAAUGUCCUUCUUGCACCUACCGUCUGCAUGCAUCGAUCGCCCCUAGGAGGACGGAACUUUGAGUCCUACUCGGAGGAUCCUUUCCUUACCGGUAAAUUGGCCGCUUCUUACAUCCGUGGACUCCAGAGCAAGGGUGUUGCUGCCACUAUCAAACACUUCCUAGGUAACGAACAGGAAACUGAACGCCAGGCAUACAACGCCGAGAUUGCCGAAAGACCUUUGAGGGAGAUUUACCUUAAGCCAUUCGAGAUUGCUGUUCGGGACGCUUCUCCAUGGGCGCUUAUGAGUGCUUACAAUCUCGUCAAUGGAACCCACGCCGAUGAAUACGAGCAUUCGAUCAAAGAGAUCCUUCGAGGAGAAUGGGGCUGGGAUGGUACCAUGAUUUCUGACUGGACGGGAACAUACGCUACAGCACCAUCAAUCCGUGCCGGAACAGACAUUGAGAUGCCAGGACCCUCGAAAUGGCGCAAACUUGACCAAGUACUCGAAGCACUCGAGAAGGGUGAGCUCACCCGAGAAGACAUUGAGAAGAGCGCCGCACGAGUGUUGUAUCUUGUCGACCGAACCAAAGGACUUAACAACAUGACACCGGAGCCUGCGGAAGCUUCUAACGACAAUGCCGAGACCAGGAACUUGAUUCUUCAAGCUGGAAUUGAGGGAUUGACCCUACUAAAGAAUGAGAACAACGUCUUGCCCAUCAGGGGUGCAAACAAGAUUGCUCUCAUCGGACCGAAUGUUAAGCGAGCUAUCUCUUCAGGUGGUGGCAGCGCUGGACUGAACCCCUACUAUAAGACUACUCCAUAUGACGGUGUCAAGUCCAGAUUCGAUGGCGAAAUCAUCUUUGCACAGGGCUGUGACAGCUCCAAGUGGAUGCCAUUGGCAUCUCCAUACUGCGCCUAUGAGGGCCAACAGGGUGUGAGAUUGGAGUACUACCGUGGUGACAGGUUCAAGGGCGAGCCAGCCGUUGUCCAGCACAAGGUUGGUACAGACCUUUGGCUUUGGGAUUCUGCGCCUAUGGAGCUUCUUCCCGAUUUCUCCUUCAAGGUCAAGACGAGUCUGACGCCAAAGUCUACUGGAAACCACACUUUCAGUUUCGCUUCUGUCGGUCCCGGUAGGAUGUUUAUCAACGGCGAGAUGUUCAUUGACAAUUGGGACUGGACUGAGGAGGGUGAGGCUAUGUUCUCAGCUUCUCAAGAUGUGGUCAAGUCGAUUCAACUUGAAGAGGGUAAGUCCAUUGAGAUUCUCAUCGAAUCCACCAGCGAGGUCCGUCCUGCUUCCAAGGUCUCUGUGAUUGGCCGUCGAUAUGAUUACGGUGGCUGCCGUAUUGGCUACCAGGAAGAGGACAAGAUCGACCGCAUUCAGGAAGCUGUGGAUGCUGCGAAGGCAGCCGAUGCCGCUGUCCUCGUGGUUGGCUUGGAUGCUGAAUGGGAAUCCGAGGGUUACGACAGACAGACCAUGGACCUUCCCAAGGAUGGCUCCCAGGACCGACUCAUCGAAGCUGUUCUCGCCGCCAACCCACGCACAGUCGUCGUCAACCAGUCGGGAACGCCCGUCACCAUGCCAUGGGUUGACCGCGCACCUGCCAUCUUGCAAGCCUGGUACCAAGGCCAGGAGGCUGGAAAUGCUCUCGCUGAUGUCCUCUUCGGCAAUGCCAGCCCUAGUGGUAAACUCACAGCAACAUUCCCCAGGCGGAUAGAAGAUAACCCUGCGUUCCACAACUGGCCUGGUGAGAACCUCAAGACCGUCUACGGCGAAGGUAUCUACAUCGGCUACAGGCAUUACGAGCGCUCCAAGAUCGAGCCUCUAUUCGCCUUUGGUCAUGGUCUGACAUACACUUCCUUCGAGUACGGCACACCGGAAGUUGACAACACCGUCCUAACGGAGUCAAACUCCAUUACUGUUACCAUCCCUGUCACCAACACUGGAUCAUUCGCUGCCCCAGAAAUUGUCCAAGCAUAUGUCAAGGACAUCCGAUCCACCCUUCCUCGACCGGAGAAGGAACUUCAGGGCUUCGCCAAGGUUUACCUUCAGCCUGGUGAGACCAAGACUGUCACUCUUAAGCUUGACAAGUACUCUGCAGGAUACUUCGACACAGCUCUUGGUCAGACUGGAGCUUGGAUAGCAGAAGAAGGCGCAUUCGAUGUUCUCAUUGGCGCAUCAAGUGCUGAUAUCAGGACGAAAGUCAGCUUCGAAGUCAAAGAGUCUUUCCAGUGGAUUUUCUAA